GUAUAUACUUUCAUUGAGGUUUGUGGAUAGAGUGCAAGCAAUAACUAGUCUCUGAAUGCCUUACAUCUUCUGUUAAAAAGUACCUAUUACACUCAAUUAUUAAGGCAUGCUCAAAGUAAUUAGAAAACUCCAUACUCUUUAUUUUACAGUAUAUACAUUCCUAAGUAAAAAUGGAUCAGUAUGUGAUGGUGCGAGUAUUGGGUGAAGGCUCAUUUGGAAGUGCUUUUCUUGCAAGACACAAGACAUCGUCUGAACUUCUUGUUUUGAAGAAAAUACCACUCAGGAAACUCACACGCCAAGCAGUUGCAGAUGCUAUGAAAGAAGUGCUGGUGCUAUCCAGCCUCAGUCAUCCUCACAUUACUCAGUUCAAGCACAGCCUUGAGCUUGAAGGAGAGCUCGUCAUUGCCAUGGAGUAUUGUGGCGGUGGAGACCUACGAAAUGUCCUGAAUCAAAGAGGAGGAGUUCUUUUUCCACAAGAAAGGAUAUUGGACUGGUUUGUUCAGCUAUGCCUUGCAGUGAAAUACAUACAUGACAGGCAUAUUCUACAUCGGGACAUAAAAUCCCAGAAUGUGUUUCUCACUGAAGAUGGAAGAAUUAAGCUUGGUGAUUUCGGUAUAUCCAAGGUGCUGGAAAGCAGUAAGGAACUAGCAAGUACAUGCAUUGGAACACCCUAUUAUUUAUCCCCGGAAAUGUGUCAGAAUAAACCAUACAAUAGCAAAAGUGAUGUAUGGGCGCUGGGAUGUGUAUUGUACGAGAUGGUAGCAUUAAAGCAUCCCUUUGAAGCCACGUGCAUGAAGAGCUUGGUUCUGAAAAUCAUGAAAGGUUCAUAUCAACCAGUUCCUUCUAAGUUCAGUUGGGAUCUCAAAGCACUCAUCAGGCAAAUUUUACAAAGCAACCCCGUACAUCGUCCUUCAGUCACCACAAUACUUGCUAAAAAAAUCGUACUAGAGCGAGUGCCUAAGUUUCUGGAUGGUAUUGCUGGUAAUAACGAUCUGAUGGUUGCUCUGAGGGAGCGCAAAGAUGCUGAACACCUUGGAAGUGGCAGAGUAAGUUUUAGUGCUACUAACAUCACUGGUCCAGCUGCCAAGUAUGGACAAAGUGCAGUGCAAAGAAAAAUUGGCAGGAAAUCUUCACCAUUGAAGAGUUCAGGGCUAGCUAAACGUACUCCACCUAAAGGUAUAUCCAAAUUUUCAUUAGUGUCUUCCAGGAAGCUGAUCGGAAAAAACAUCAAACAGUGCAAUAUUAGUUCAAAUGGUGAGAACACUCUACUGGAGCCUAGAAAAAGAAGGAAAAGUAAAUCAAUCGAAGGAUUGAGGUGUAAACUUUUGGCUACACCAUCUAAGCUUGAAAGUCCUUGCAUCCCUCCAGAGAAAGAUAACUCAGAACCAGAACCGAAGCUACUUGCUCCUUCUGUCGAAUUAAUACUGAAAGAUAUUCACGAAGGAAAGUAUUGUGUUCAACAGAGCUAUUCCGUCAAACAGGAAGCGCGUUUGCCAAGAAACACCUCUCAUGAAAUGAAGAUUUUGAGAAGAAAAUCUGCAGAAUCUUUAUUAGAUGAUGAUUGGUGUUCCCAACAAGACGACGGAGACACAGCUUCUUUAUGUGACCACACGUGGUUUGAGGAGGAUCAAGAUUAUCAAAUCCCUGGCAUUUGCAUGCUGGACUCUGGUAAAUCUAGCAAAUUAGGUGCAAUCACCGAGUUUGAUCUCUGUGGAAAGAUUCUCGAUGAUAAGAUAGAGAUAAAAAACAAAGCUAACAAAGAAAUUUGCAUUAGUAAAGAUUUUGAUAAAAAAAUAGAUGUAGUUUCUAAAAUAUUGUCCUAUGGCGCCAUUGAGCAGAACAAUAGAUCUCAAUAUAAUACCCCCGCUGCUGCCGUUGAUAAGGUGACUUUAAAAUCGACCAAAAAUCGCGUAGAUUCUAAUGACCACGAAAUACCUGCAAAAUUUCCUGACAUCGUUCCCAGCUUGCGAGAAGACAGCAGCUUGGUUUCAAGUACUCCCCUGAAACAACCUAGAUCGGCAUGGCAUCCCUGGGAUCCAGCCGCCCUCCACGAAAUGCCUCUUGAAAUCACCAGCUCCAAGAUGGACUCCACCACUGACAAAGUUAUAGCUCACGGCCCUGGCUACCGAGUUAUACACACGGAUAGUGUUUUAGUGGAUCCUUGUCUCGAUGCCUCGGCUCGUACUCUAAACUUGUCUCGAAAUGCUCCAAUUGGUUUCGAAGCUAUUAAUAACCAUGUUUCGUGCGUCAGUGGUUCCGAACUAGUAAAAGUUACUAUACCAAACGUAAGUCCCAUUGAACAGAAAAGCUUUGCUAGGAGAUCGGAGCACUCUAGAGACGACUGCCCGCCUUUCAAUGAGCGACGACAAUGGUUGAAGCGUCCUGCCGAUGAUGUUAUGGACAUUUUAAGUAACGCACGCGUUGUGGAAGCAACCCUAGACUCGUUUCAGACUAGUGCCCUCAUUGAGAGUCUUAUUAAAGAAAAUUCGCCUGCAAAAUCUCAAAGAUGUUUUACUACAAAGCGUUUUUCUUGUGGUGUUAAUCGUGGGAGUCAGGAAGUGGACAGUACUACUUUUAAUUCACCAAGGAAGUACCACCCUGUUACAGAAUCUCAGCAUUCGGAAAAUGUCUUGGCCGAUAAGACUUACAUAUUGUCUUCCGAAGAAGGAAAAAAUAAGUUGAGUCGCACAUAUUCCAUAAGUGACUCAUCAGUGUCUGAAGAAAAUUAUAUUGCUGGUACGGAAUGCCAGAAUGAAGAAUUUAAAAACAGUAAUUUCAAAGUUCCUAAACCUCAAAAGCGACUUAUAAAUAUCCUGCUACGACGCGAAUCUCAGAAGAAAGUAAAUGCUGCGGGGAGCAACCCUGACCUCAAAUCUACUUUUGUUGUUGCCAAAUCAGAAAAUGUCUCGUCAGAAACUGUGGUCCUUUCAUCUGGGGAGUCCAGUUCUGAAGUAGAGGAGAUAGGUGCGGGUGCAGGUAAAAACCAAUUAGGUAACCCUAAUUUGGUCAAAUCCAGACGAAGUUUCUCGGAUUUUCUGCGUAAGAUUGUCUCGGCAAAGCCCCAAUCGGAGGUGAAAGAGCUCUCCAAGUAUAAAAUGGAUGAUUCGUGCGAAGAUAUCCAGAGGCCCCCAUUAGAACUUCCUGCAGAAAUCCUGUCUGAAGAGAACGUGCAAAUAACAUUCUCGCCAUCAAGCGUCGAUGUUAUUCAGUCUUGCCCGACUAGCACCCAAUUUUGUGACAAUGUCGUUUCUAGCUUGGGCGAACCCGAUGCUGUUGACAAUAAAUCGUAUCUGCCGUACGACGCCAAAUUCACUAUGACCCCUAAAACGGCGUGUUCGAGCGAAAGCGGUUACCGUACUAUUACUAGUCAGUGUACUCACUCGGAUAUAACUAGUGAAGAUCUCGAUAGUCGCCUUUCAAACACCUGUAAAAUAAACAAAAUUGAUCAAUUAAGCUCUAAGUCUACUACUCUAGAUAAAAACUUGUCAUCGCCUGUCGAUCAUUGCGAUGAAGAUUUGUUAACAGAAUCGAGCAAAGAUGUGAAAGCAAUAGACGCGAUUCCUCGCGAACCCGACCCGUCAUCUAUCAACAACCAUGUCAAGUCACCAGAACCUCAAGCCAUGGUCGUGCCACUAGAUUCCGUGGAACGGGAGAGAUGCAUACGGAGACUCGCCAUGAUCCUUGUGUCAAAUAUUAUUGAGAAGUCCAAGGAGCGUCUGAGUGCUCAGCUGCUGGCUGGCGCUGUUGACGGCAAAUGUGAAGACGUUGAGCAAGCAGAGACUUUCCCAAACGAGACUAGUAAGAUAUCGAAACAGGUGUUGGGCUCUCUUGUUAAUACGUGUGUGGAUUGUACCUCUUCUGCUUCUCAAAUUGGGUGUGAGGGCGACAAAUCAAACUCCUCUUGUUUAGCUGAAGACAGUCUAUCUUUACAUUCACUCGGCUCCAUUAAUGUUGCAAGCGCCCAUGAAGUGAAUGAUGGUUUUGUUGAGCGAUUCAGUAUCCAGGAAAGAUCAGCUUUCGAAAUGAAAAUUGUGGAUCACUUGUACAGCUGUCUGUGGUCUACCCUGAGUUCUGGUUGCGGUUCUAACUCUGAAGUGACGACGGCAAUGAAUUCGACAGAUCUUAUUUGCACUGCUCCACGACAUGAAAAUUUGGAUCUGGAGGAUCUACCACCGGACAAUUCAAAUGAGAAGUUUGUUCCAUCGGUUGACGUUUCUGCAACGCAUUCUUUUUCCAGAGAAAUGAACGUAACUGUGGUUGAAAAAGCACCUUGUAGUAGUGCAUCAGAGAAAUGUGAAUUUCCUAAGGAGACCGCGAUCGAAAAAGAAUUUACUGCGGAAAAUGAGGAGCCUGUAUUCCCUGAAAUAGCCAGUUCAUUGGAAAGCUCUAUGGAGAUUUGUCGUAAUGAUCAUGAAGUACAAGACACUUUGUCCAAAAAUCUGGCCCAGUCUCGGAGUAUGAGAACUGGUGCUGAAUUUAACAUCGAUGCCGCAUCGUGUAAUCCCGCUGAAAAAUAUCAGAGUCCUAAUAAAAUGUGCAGUGGAUCUUCUGCUUGUGAUAUCGUGGUUGAAAACCGUUUGUCAGCGAACUUGCAGGUGCCAAAUUCUAUUGACCAGCCUGAAAUCAUUGGGAAUUUCAGCACUUUGCCUGAAGAGAAUUCCAAUGAACAAACUCACUGCGAGUCUUUUACAAGUGCUACAUUUUUAUAUCCAACUAUUGAUGUUUUGCACGAAGAGAUGAGUCUAGACCUGCCUCCCAUUUUGACGCUUAGAAAUACAGGGACAUUAACACCUAAGGUCGUCGAGUCGGCUUCAAUUGGUGUGAAUGAACGGCACGAAAUGAUGGAUGUCAAUAAAUUAAUUCCUAAAGGAGAACAGCCUGUAUUGCCAAGUUUUUCUGGCGCCAACGAAUCUGCAUUUAUGGAAAGUGAAAAACCUUUAAAUAAUAUAUUAAAUGGUGUCCCUGACGUCGUAACCGAGGCCACAAUAGGCGAUCAAAGUGCUAGUGAUAUUGAUGGAAUAUUGUUGUGUUUCCCGACAACCUCACGUGGUGAUUUCUCUGAUUUUGAGUCCAAAAAUCGAGAUAUUAUAAACUCAGUGCAAAGCCUAACUGAUAUUAUAUGUGAGGUCAAACAAAUGCCUGACGAACCAUAUAAUUCGCACAAUAAUUCUCUGGGAUAUUCAGCUCAUGCACUCGCACCAUCGAAUGGCUUCUCGCUGACCAAGAAUGAUCAUUUAAUUUCAUGUGAUAAUUUCUCUGGCACCAAGAUCGUUGCAGAUAUUAAUGAAUCAGCGGGAAAGAUCGAUGAAGCCUCUACGCUGUUUUCAGGUCCUGUAAGUUACGAUACUAAUUAUCGUCUCUCCAAAGGAAUAGUCACGGAAGAGGAAAUUUCCAAGAAAUUAAGUGUCGAAGAUCUAACGUACGUGACUCCAUCGAACGACGGCGAUGUCUUCGGGUGGAUUGAGGAGCAGCGAGUCACGUUGGAGAAUUCGCUAGGCUUAAAUGUUUUUAUCGAAUGUCACCGAGCGUCAGUCUCUGUAGCCGCGCAGUCUUCAUCACUCGAGGAGUUCAUGAAGAAUAUUCUACCGGUGCUCGCACGCAUCACCGAGAAAGAGGCGCAACAAACCCGUGCUGAAUUCGCAAACUCCAAGCCUGCCUCUUCAGCGAUAUCUCAAGCCGCGUCUCACUUGGGUAUUUCUAAUGUGCCAAUUGAUUCGUUUGGAGGGCAGCCACAUGCAGGGCUUCUACGUUUUGACCUCUUGAAUGGGCAAAUAGAGUCGACAAUUACCAUGGAGGUGUCGAAAUCUGGUCAGACAGCAGACCUCUCAUCAGCAGGUCAGGCAGCAGAUCUCUCAACGGCAGGUAACACAGCUGAUCUCUCAACGGCAGGUAACACAGCGGAUCUCUCAACGGCAGGUCAGAUAGCGGAUCUCUCAACGGCAGGUCAGAUAGCGGAUCUCUCAACGGCAGGUCAGAUAGCGGACCUCUCAACGGCAGGUCAGGCAGCAGAUCUCUCAACGGCAGGUCAGGCAGCAGACCUCUCAACGGCAGGUCAGGCAGCAGAUCUCUCAACGGCAGGUCAGGCAGCUGAUCUCUCAACGGCAGGUCAGGCAGCUGAUCUCUCAACGUUAGGUCAGGCAGCAGACCUCUCAACGGCAGAGCAGGCUGCCCCUGUAGUCGAUGUAAAACUUGGAAAAUUUUCGCCAAAACUUUCAGCUCGUGAUCAGUUUUUGACCACCGAGUUCACUGGCACUCGUGCAACAACUUCCUCUACUCUGCCUGGCGACGAUGCAACAAAUUUCUCGGCCUUAAAUGAAGAUGGAAAUUCAAGUUUUGUCCCUGGAGAAGACGUCACAAGCUGCCUCCAUGUCGCCAUGUUGGCAAAUUCUUUUGGAGAUAUUGAAGAGAGCGUGGGUAGUGAAAAUGAACUACCAGUUAACUGCAUAGCGGUGAACUUUUAUUGUGAAACGUUAUCAGUGUCAACAAAUGUGCCAAAUUUAGCAGCAACGACUGAAUUUUCCAUCCCUCACGCAGAAGAGAAAAAUAAAACUUCAGCUACGCCAAGCCUUGAUACGAACGAAAAUUCGGUAUGUUGUGCCAACAAUACUCGGGCAUUAACAUGCUUAGAAUCACCAUUGUACUCGCAUACGCAAAGCGCAAAUGAAAUGUUGCCAGGCGACGGUGAAAUGUUGCUAGGCGGUGACGCUCAUCAUGGUCCUGCCUGCCCCACGAACGCUGCUGUCACUAAAACUAACGACAUCAGAACUCUAGCUCUUCAGCUGUGGGCGCUUAUUAUAGCAGAGUCAGCCUACACAUCAUAAAUGCCUUGGCUCUCGAUGAAUGAGUCAUUAUUAUUGAUAUCAAUGUUCGAUUUAAUUAUAGAAAUAUAAAAGGUUAUUUUUGAAUAUAUUUUGUAGAGAUGAACGCUUGUAAUAUGUGAUUAAACUGAGGUUCCCUUGCGUAAAUGGAAAAAAAAUUAAGAUAUUGCUUUCAUUAAAUUGUUUUACAGUGGUUUGGGCGUCGGUUUAGUUACAAAGCCAAGUGUUAAGUUUUAAUCAAUAAAUUUUGUUGUCAAAUUGAGGAAAAUGUUUUGGCCCAAGUUAAUGUGGGAGAAUUGUGAAACAUGUUUGAAUGAUUCCUAAAAAAUCUGUACCCUUGUCGGCCUUGUGAGACUACGUAAAACUUUACUGAUGAUAAUGGUAUUUUGAUAAUGUUAUUGGUGCCUUGCAUGCUAAAUGUAUAAAAAUUUAAUUUAGAAAUAAAGUUGAUCUUAUUUGCAUACAAAGAAUAAUAGGUAUAUAGUGAUAAUAACUUGCUUCUCGUCUAUAUGGAAAAUGUAAUCCUGAAUAAUUGCUUUAGUGUUACAUAUAAGUGGUUGAAAUCGCUAGAGGGCGAAAAUCAGUCACGAGUCUGUUGGAAAAGACUUGUGGAAUUCUUUUUGUUCGACACGUUAUUGUGUUUUUUCGUCUAUAAUAAAGUGUUAGCCUGUCGAUUGCUUUCAAAAGAGUUUCAAUAAGCAUGUUUUGGAUUUGGACUUAUGGGUAUUGUGAAAGAAAUGCUUAGUAAAAUUUAACGGGGAAUGUUUUUAAUUGAUGACUUGGAUUUUUUUUACCUCUAUGAAAGUUCUCAAUACAAAGAGAUCAUUGGGACAUGUAUACAUGUAUUGGGACAUCUAUGACUCUUCAAAGUCAUAUAUGUACGUACUUUUUUUAAUACUUAAUGUCAUUAAGAGCAAGAUGCACUAAGUGUUGCACAUUACUGGUCUUAUUUUGUAGAUGAUGCUCAAGGCGUAUGGCACUUUGUGAAUAACUGCCAAAGAAUAAAAAUUUUCUUAGCG